AUGGCUGAAGUACCAGCUUCGGAUAGCACCCUCAAUGGUUUCUUUCAGGCAUUCGUCAUGAUUGUCGUGUCAGAGAUUGGCGACAAGACUUUCCUUAUCGCGGCCAUUAUGGCUACUCGACAUGCCAGGGCGACGGUAUUCGGAGGAGCGUUUGCCAGUUUGGUGGUGAUGAGUAUCCUGAGUGCUGCGCUGGGCCGAGUCAUCCUCGGUCUGAUACCAAAAGUCUGGACUCUUUGGGCCGCCGCCCUUCUCUUUGCCGUAUUCGGCGUCAAAAUGCUCCAAGAAGCCCACUCCAUGUCUGGCGGCAACUCGCACAUCCAAGAAGAAAUGCGUGAAGUCGAAGAAGAGCUCGAAGAAGACUCUGCCUCUCACGAUACCCACAACGCCCGCGGUACCGCGAUCCCUCUCGAAAGUGUUGAAGAAGGCCGACCUGCUAGAACUUCUGGUCAAGGAUCUUCGCUUAUGGACCGAUCUGCCAGCCCGAGGCCGGGCAGGCAGGGACCCAGUAUCAACUUUCCUCUUUCCAACAGCGCGGAGGGCGGCGUGGGGCCUUUGGAGAAGGGCAAGCACUGGACAGUGGCGAUCAAGGACAGGAUCAGAGAAACACUGCAGAUGGUCACAAACCCCGUUUUCGCUCAGGCGUUUGUCUUGACAUUCUUGGGAGAGUGGGGAGACCGGAGUCAGAUCACCACCAUCGCCAUGGCCGGUGCCCACAGCGUUGCUGUGAUUGCGUUCGGAACCAUUGUCGGGCACGGUGUGUGCACAUGCGGAGCUGUUCUUGGCGGACGUUAUCUCUCCACAAAGAUCUCUGUCAAGCACAUCACCCUUAUCGGCGCGGUCGCCUUUAUCAUCUUUGCUUUCCUCUACUCUAUCGAAGGGUACUACUACGUCCCGGAGAACGACGACUUCUAA